AUGCCACGAAAAGCUAGGGUACAACCCACAUCUUCGCUGAAGAUCUCACUCAGCGUAAAUCCUUCGCCUGAAGGUCCUCCGCAAAAGAGGCGCAAGUACGUACCUACCAGCCUCGGCGGAGGGGGUCCAAAGAAAAGGAAUAAGAAAGCUAAUACUCCAAACAGACAGUCCUUGAGUGUGCGCAGUCGUCCUAUACGCGAGGUUGAACAACCACUCCUCGCCCCUCCACCACCUCCUCCUGUACCAACGACACCUCCAUCCAUGUCGCGUCCCAGGCGAGACAAGAGCGCGACGCGCGGUCGUUACCCAUCCUCGACAGCUGCUGCGCUCGCCUUGCAACAAGGCGAUGGAUACAAACCGCGUGAAGAGAGAGGAUGGGAGGAGUUCCAUCCUGACCUAGACAUCGAUGGCAGGCUUGCUGUUUUCACGGCUGAAGAGGUAGAUUCUGUCGAUCCCGCUUUGAGUGCGCUCAGCCUUGAGUCGCUGUCUCAUGAUAGCUCGGGAUCACCUAUUAUGCUUUCAGGCGACAUGAUUUCGCCGUUACCCUUCAAGCGUAAACCCGGCCGCCCACCGCGUCGCCCCGAAGCUAUACUUAAUGCCUUUCUUGCUCAACAAGGACACAAGGUCAUCCCUCCGCCUGGCCCUAACCCCCGAGAAAAGUUGACACUUCCCAAGCCGUCGUUCCGUCUGCGGGACCCUUUCACAUUUUAUGAGCAGAAGGGGGUGGGCCAGCAGAACUAUGUUGAUCGAACAAUGGCCAGCGUAGGGUAUCAGGAGAGUGAAUUGUUCAUUCGCCAUGACCGUCGCUUCAUUAGGAUGACUGAAGGCGCCCAAGAAGACGAUAUGGAUGUGAUUCAGCCCACGACUGCAGAGGGUGAUCUUAAUGCAACCAUCGGACGGGUAGAAUACGACAUGGAUGAACAGGACGAGAAAUGGCUAGAGGAUCAUAAUGCGAAACGUAGGGAGGAUCAGCUUGAGCCUAUAAAGCCUGCUGUAUUUGAGAUCACAAUGACCAAGAUCGAGAAAGAGUGGCAUGCGCUCGAGAAGCGGAUUCCGAAGCCAAAUCCUAAGCCCCCACAGACUCAGCGACCUCGUUCCAGCUCCGCAGCCGCAGUGAAUGGUGAGCAUGCUGAUACCGGAGAAGAACAGGACAGCAAGUGCGUUAUCUGCGAUGAUGGUGACUGUGAAAACGCGAACGCCAUUGUGUUCUGUGAUGGCUGCGAUCUGGCGGUCCAUCAGGAGUGCUACGGGGUUCCUUUUAUUCCUGAGGGCCAGUGGUUGUGUCGAAAGUGCCAGCUUAUUGGACAAGGAAGCACAAAUUGUGUCUUUUGCCCCAACACUGAGGGUGCGUUUAAGCAGACCACUUCUUCUAAAUGGGCCCAUCUUCUCUGUUCCAUUUGGAUUCCCGAAGUGUCCAUUGGUAAUUCAUCUUUGAUGGAGCCGGUCACAGAUGUUGAAAAGGUGCCACGGAGCCGUUGGAAGCUGAAUUGCUACAUCUGCAAACAGAGGAUGGGUGCUUCAAUCCAAUGUAGCAACAAGAACUGCUUCGUUGCAUUCCAUGUGUCUUGCGCACGUCGAGCUCAACUUUAUCUUAAGAUGAAAGCCGGACACGGACUCAUGGAUUCACAUCUUCUCAAGGCUUUCUGUGAUAAGCAUGUGCCACCCGACUGGCGACUUGAACAUGGCACUGAUGCCGCCACUGCAGAUGCCAUUGAGUUUUAUCGCAACACCAUGAUGGGUAGAAGAUGGGGCGACAGUCAGGCUGCCGCUCUGUCUUUGGGACCUCCACACGCCGAGGACGGGGAAGAGGAACCGACUGUGACCCCUCGCAUCACUUUGACAGUUGGUGGAAGUAGGCGCAAAAGGAUCCCCAAGACAAUCUGGAAAUUGCCGUCUGGAGCGCCUGUGAUCCCACAAGUCGUUUUGAAUUCUGUUGUGGCGUCCCUGCAACGAUUUACUGUUCGCGGACGCAAACAAUAUGCCGAAGAAGCUUGCAAGUAUUGGACACUCAAGCGUGAGGCUAGACGUGGAGCGGCACUGCUCAAAAGACUCCAGCUUCAGCUGGAAACAUUUUCGUCGAUGGAGAUGACCCGACGCGACUACGUUGCUAUGGGUGUCACCGGCCACAAGCGUCUACAUCGUCGAAUUGAGUUUGGCGAUCGGCUCUACAUGGAUCUUGACCGAUUGAGAAUGCUUUGCGAUGAGGUAAAGAAGCGUGAGAGGGAGAAGCUUAAGGAUGCCGAGAUGCUUCGAAGCAUUGUCGACAUUGUCUACUUUCCGAUUUUCCCACUGUUGUGGCCCAUAUUCCAUAAAGCUGUUCUAUUGGAUGGAAAGGGUGUUUUUGGCGCAGGACUGAUGUCAAUCCGCAAGCGUCUCGAAGCACGGUUUUACCCGUCUGUUGCUUCUUUCUCGUCUGAUCUGGCUAGUCUGUUCACCUCGGAGAUCGGCGUCGGACCCGCUGGGGAUACUGCUGAACUCCAAGCCCAGAUUAGCGGACGCGCUCCUGAGCUUAGCUUGGAGCAGCGUGAGAAGAGAAAACUGGCUAAGAGGAUUAUUAAGUCCAUUCAGCCUGCCCUCGAGGAUGCGAUCUGGAAGGAGAGUGAGCUGAAUCGCAAGCCAUUUGAAAAGGAACUGAAGGAACUAGAUGUGAUCUUCGACCACAGCUUGAUAUCUCGCCGAGUUGAAUCUGUUGAACCCGAGGGCGACACCGAUCCCGGGGAUGCCCAGUUCGAGACUCAGACUGAUGCUAUGGAAGGUGUCGAGCAGACGGUUGAGAUUUCCAGCGAAACCCAACUCAAUGGUGACAUCACUAAUGCCCAGGAAGCUGUUGUGGAGAAUGUCAAUGGUACAGAGAUCAAGCCCAAUGUCAACAUAAUAUACAACAGACAUCCGACUCCUGAGCUCACCGAGGAAGACCAACAGUUACCUUUGGCCCAGGGAGGAAUCCAGUGGUAUAUGCAGCCAUUUGAUCCUAGUGGCACAACAGUCCACGAAGAACGAUGGACAGGACGAGACGUUAUGCGUGGUAUGAGUGAGGAACUCAGUGAUAUGGAUGAGGAUGAGUUGAAAGACCUGGUGGACGACGAGCUGGAUGAGUCCCAGGGUCGGAACGAAGCAAAUGUGUCGACUGGCAAAGCAAAACCAAAGCAAAGCUUCCGACGUUCUCGCCGAGGGCGGUUUAUGUGA